AUGUCUGCAGAGCGCGGUGCUUCUAAAAGGCGCUGUGUCAGCACGGCCUGCAUCGCAUGUCGCAGGCGGAAAUCCAAGUGCGAUGGAAACCUGCCAAGCUGCGCUGCGUGUUCUUCAGUCUACCAUACACCAUGUGUCUAUGACCCUAAUUCCGACCAUCGCCGCAAGGGUGUGUAUAAAAAAGAUGCUGAUACCUUACGAACCAAACAUACGACACUACAGACCCUGAUACAAGCAUUGCUGAACUAUGAGGAGGAUGAUGCAUUCGAACUUGUACGUCAAAUCCGGUCUUGUGAUGACCUGGAAGAUGUUGCCCAAUCGGUUCUUUCGCAAGAGAAAGGACAAUCGGCACAGGUAUUAAAGGCCGCGGAAGAAUCAGCUGCCGGAAACAUAGCAGCAGUUGACCAAUUCGAAUCCGAGCUGUCAGGUAGAAUGAGUGAGCUUCUAUUGGACGGCUCACGUAAAUUCAUUGGCGGCACGUCCAAUCUCAUAUUUCUCCCACCCGGCUCGGAACUACACGAGACCAACUCGAUACCAGGAGGCUCAGCCCUUCCUCCCGCCCAUGAUAUUCAACCUAUGCGCCGAUGGACACAGGUGACAGAAGAUGACUCGCUGAUCAGUCACCUUUUAACCAUGUACUUUACAUGGCAUUACCCAUUUUUCACCAUUCUGGCCAAAGACAUGUUUUAUCGAGAUUAUGUUCGUGGCGUUUCCAGUCCCUACUGCUCUCCACUGCUGGUGAAUGCCAUGCUGUCUCUUGGCUGUCACUUCAGCUCGUGGCCAGGAGCCUUUUCGGACCCACAUAAUUCCAUAACUGCAGGCGAUCACUUCUUCAAAGAAGCCAAACGAAUGGUACUUGAAAACGACGAGCACGAGAACGCAAAGCUAUGUACAGUUCAAGCUUUCGCUCUCAUGUCUGUGCGCGAAGCUGGCUGUGGUCGCGAGGGCAAAGGAUGGGUUUACAGCGGACUGAGUUUUCGCAUGGCAUUCGAUCUUGGAUUGAAUGUCGAUGCGACGACUCUUGGAGCACAUAAUUUGACCGAAGAGGAAAGAGAUGCCCGACGAAUCACGUUUUGGGGCUGCUUCCUCAUAGAUAAAUGCUGGUCAAAUUACCUUGGACGACAACCGCAGUUUACCUCAUCUAAUACAAGUGUUUCCAAAUUCGAAGUCUUCCCGAGAGAAGAAAUAGAAGUUUGGGCACCGUAUACCGAUUCCGGUGCUGGCCACGACCACAGCCAACCAUCUCGGACCAGAGCCGUCGCACUCCAAAUCUCAAGACUUUGCCAAAUCAGCGGGGAUCUUCUUGCGUUUUUCUACCACCCAUCAGAUUCGGAGAAGUCGCAGCCAAAACAGUCAGAACUGAAGAAAUUGAGCGAUGUGCAUACCCGACUCGAAGCUUGGAAGAAACAGUUACCGCAAGAACUUGAGCCGAAGGAAGGUCAGCUGCCUCAAGUCAUGGUCAUGCAUAUGCUCAACCAAUUACUCCUCAUCCACCUCUAUCGACCAUUCUUGAAGUAUACUAAAACCAACACACCCCUUCCUUCACACGUUUCCCCACGGAAAAUCUGCACCCAGUCAGCAUCGUCUAUUUCUAAGCUUCUGCGGAUGUAUAAGCGCACAUACGGCCUGAGGCAGAUUUGCAACAUUGUCGUCUACAUUGCUCAUACUGCCUGUACUGUCCAUCUCCUCAACCUCCCCGAAAAAAAUGCCCAAAGAGACGUUGUCCACGGUCUGAGGAACCUCGAAGAGAUGGCCGAAGGGUGGCUUUGUGCUCGUCGCACAAUACAUAUCCUCGAAAUCUCAGCUAGCAAGUGGCAGGUUCAGCUCCCCGUCGAGGCAAGCUCUGUUUUUGAGCGUACUCAUUCAAAAUGGGGUUCAUGGGGUCUAUGGGAUCAAGCUACAUCGCCUUCUACUUCUAUGUCAGACGAGUCCCCAGCCACGGCUUAUAGCAGCAUACAUCCGUCUGUCAACAGCCCAGGCCGAUUCUCACCUGCUGGUGGUGGGGGAAGCGCUCCCCCGGUACAACGCACCGAACCUGUGGCUGCAAACCCAGCGACUAUUAUGGGGACAUCUAUGGGUGCUCAACACCCUCCGACAAGCACAAUAACCGCAUCAGCCCCGGGAAUGCGAACAGCGCGCCGAAUCUUUGGACCUCAAGCCCAGCAACCCGAAUUUCCGCCUCCGGAGCCAACUUACCUACGACCACUAACACAGGUUGGCUAUCAAAUUCCUCCUGGCCUUUCAACAUCGGGUCCAUCGGCUUCUUCACCCCCAUCAAAUGCUUGGUAUGAUGCGUCUAGUUCUCGAUUAGCUACCCAAACUACCACACCGGCAUCAAACCCUUCUCCAAUGUCCGGAUUUGGAGGUCCUGAAAAUCUGGUUGAAGAGAGUCAAGACUGGUGGACUCGUAAUGCUGCCGCAAUGGGAAUGGGCGUGGAAAGUUGGGGCGGGCCAUGGAGUCCCGAUAUCUCAAACCCACCCCCUCAUCUUCAGUAUAAUAACAACCAUGCCGGGCUCAUGGCAAUGUCAUCACAUCCUAGUCCUUCUGUUGGCACUGGCUCCGAGGAUCAGCCGCAGGUUCCAGUGGGGAUGCCCCACGCCGGUCGGCCGCAAGAGAAUGGCCACGUCAAAUACGAAUGCCAGUGGCCAUGA